GGACGUGCUUUGCUGCUCAAGAAUACGGCAUACCUGUGACGUUAAUUGGUGAAGCAGUGUUUGCUCGAUGUCUGUCAGGGUUGAAAGAUGAGCGAUUGGUGGCAUCAGAACGUUUGGCUAGACCACAGGUCAACCAUGAUCAGAUCAUACCGGACAAACGAGACUUCAUCAAGCACAUCAGCAAGGCUCUCUAUGCGUCUAAGAUUGUCAGCUACGCCCAAGGGUUCAUGUUAAUGGCAGAGGCUAGCAGAAAGUUUGACUGGAAGCUAAACUUUGGAGCAAUUGCUCUCAUGUGGCGAGGUGGAUGCAUCAUCAGAUCAAGAUUCCUUGGAGAAAUUAAAAAAGCUUUUGAUAAGAAUCCCACUCUUCCUAACCUCCUGCUGGACGAAUUCUUUUCAAAAGCAAUGGCUGAUGCGCAGACGUCUUGGCGAGUGGUAGUGACGUCUGCAAUACGGUUGGGUGUCCCUGUACCAGCAAUGUCGUCAGCGCUAGCAUUCUAUGAUGGGUACUCACGCAAAAUAUGUAUUACUCGAUUUCGUGGACUUUUAAAACUCCCAUACCUUGAAGGCUUAUUUCCUGAUUCUGAAGGGAAGGCAUACGCUCAGCCUUUUCAGGUUCUGCCCGCUAAUCUCCUCCAAGCUCAACGUGACUACUUUGGAGCCCACACAUACGAGCUCAUGGAUGCUCCAGGACAAUUUGUCCAUACAAAUUGGACUGGGAAAGGUGGACGUGUUACAAGCAACGCCUACAAUGCAUAA